UCUAAAGCGUCAAAAAUGGCGUCUCUGUUAGAAGAUAAAUUAUUUGAAGUUAGCGGGCAAGGUGCUGCUCCAAAUAAAGACUUUUAUCAAUUGGUGAUUACAAGAAAGGAGGUGAUAUGGAGGUUUUGGAAAAUUUCUUUGCGCAGUGAAUUUCGGACAGCACGGCCAGGAGAACUGAAGAUACCCCAUGACUAUUUUUUGCACGACACCCAGCUUCAGCACCAGGUGAAGGUGGUGUUUGGCCCCAACACCCUGCUGUACUCCCAGGGCCUGUGCAGCGGCGAUUUCGACUACCUGCCGCGCCUCCCCGACCGGCUGCUCCUCCGCAUCCUGGCGUGUCUGGAGCUGGAGGAGGUGCAGCAGCUCCGCUGCGCCUCCCGCAAGUUCCAGAAGCUGUGUGACUCUGAGGAGUUCUGGGAGCAGGCGGUUCGAGCUCGCUGCGACACGGUCACCAUAGAGAUGGGCUACCUAGCCAGGGAGGUGGGCUGGAAGAAGGUGUUCUUCACCAACAAGCUUCAGCUGCAGAAGCAGAUGAGCCGCCGCAGGCAGAAGCAGGACAGCGCAGACUUUGUGUGACCACGCUUCCUCCAAUCAGGGCAGCGCUCCUGGGUCACUAGGGAAGUCAGUAGGAGAUGAGGGAACAGUGUUCCGUUUGACUGUGAUCUCUCUGUGCCUUUGUUGAGACCAAGCUAUCACCCUUUUCAAGUUACCACUUACAGCCGUAAAACAAUUGACCUGUUUUAAAAAAGUGCUUGAUUAGAAGUUUUCAGUUCUGACGUUCUGUGUGGAUGGCUCAAAUAUAGAAUGUUGUGUUUUUCAACAAAUGCCUGGGAAUAUAAUUGUUCAAUUAGUCACGCUUGGUUUGUGUUGCAAAAGCUAAAGGAUCAAAAUAGUCUUUUCACCUUUUGUGCCACAGAAUUUGUUAUUGCCAUAUUCCUGUGAAGCUUGAUGAUUGUGAGUAUGUGUUUAAUCUUUGU